UUGGUGAUAGCGCCCUCCAUUGCCAGGAACCGGCCGCGAAUGAGCCUGCAGGAAAAUGGCAGAGACAACUUUAUCGAAUCGUGCGUACUGUAAAUUGAUUAUGCAUGCUGCGAAAUACCCACAUGCAGCGUUAAAUGGGGUGUUACUUGCAGAGAAGAGGAAACUCAAAGAAAACAAAAUCCUCAGAUUUGUAGAUUGUGUGCCCAUGUGCCAUUUAACGCUUGGAUUAGCUCCAGUUUUGGAGGUGGCUUUUUUUCAGAUUGAUUCCUACUGCCAAGCGAACGGUUUAAUUAUUGCUGGCUAUUAUCAUGCAAAUGAGCAUCUGAAGGACUCCAAUCCAAGUCCAAUUGCAUUGAAGAUUGCCGAUAAAAUAUAUGACAACUGCAAUGAAGCCUGUUUAUUCAUGAUCGAUAACACCAAGAUGCUCAUAGACUGUGAUCAGUGCAUACUUAAACAGUACACAGUGCAAGAUAGCAAAUGGAAGCCUAAAUCAACCAAUAGUCCACUGCUCUCUGACGAUUGCCUGUCCAUCGCCGCCGAUCUCCUCAGGGAAAAGACCUACCAGGACCUUGUCGACUUUGACAAUCAUCUGGACGAUAUCACUAGUGACUGGCUGAAUCCAGAAAUCAACGCCCACCUCAAUUCCUGCACGUAGCAUCCACGCUGUUCGGAAUAUUUUACCCCCAACCAGAGAGGUUUUACACAUCAUACACAGGGUGGUGGGGUUUCAUGGUUAGGAUACCGGACUCCUUUUUCCUGGUGGAGACAUAAAGAGCGUGGGUCCAGAACCUGACUAGAGGCAUAAUGAUGCUGAUGUCCCUAAGCAAGCCAAUUACUGUAAUUGCUUCUUUCCACCCAAGAGCAAAUGAGUACUUUAAUUGACUAAUGAGGACUGAUUGCCAUUGGAAGACUGCUGCCAGGACAGUAUUUAACCCCCCCCCCACCUGCAUCAGCAGGGGAUGUUACAGCUUCCCCAGAAUAAUUAUUGGCCAGUUAAUCAGGGGUAACAAUGCCGUACACCGUCAAUCAGCCAAGACAGGCACCGUAUAAUUCCAGUGAUGAUUGUCCAACAUUUGUUCACAGAAUUAGUUUCUUUUACUUUGACCCUAUUACACAACGGAAGUACUGAUAAUUUCUCAAUCUUCCACAUCCAAUCAUCCCAGAAGAUGUGGUGCACUUGGAAGUUAAAUCAACUCCUUUGGUUUUGCUGUUCCUGAAUUACCUCUGCUAAGGGUAGAACCAAAUAUUGGAAUUUAAAUCACGCCCGCAUAAGCAGUUUCCCUCGUAGCAAACUUCUACUUUAGGAUAGAUGUAUGUGUUAAGAUAGCUUGGUGCAAAAUUCUCCAGGGUUGAAUGACAAAAGAAUGCUUCUGUCAUAGCUCAUUUGAAUAGCUUAUGAAUUGGCUUGAGACUGGAGGACUUGUGAUGGACUCAAAUACAACACUGAAAAUACAACACUCAUUAAAUUCCCAAACUGUUAAUAAAAGAAGCAUCCUCAAAAUUAUAAUUGAAAUCCAUGUUAUUUACAUUACCAUUUUUUGGGUAUUCAUUUCUGGAAAAACAGUUAAAUUGAGCUCAAUAUAAAAUUA